UCUUGGUUCCAGCCGCGGGUGCACAGACCAGAGUUAGAGGCGAGUGGGCGGGGACCGCGACAGUUGAGCGCUGGGAGAGCCGAGAGGACCGCGACGCCGAAGCCCCUGUAGCGGCCCCAGCCUCCUGAUCUCCAGUCAGCCCACCUUCUGCGCGGGGUGCCCCGGGCCCCGGGAGCUGCUGAGCUGGGGGGACGCUCGAGCUGCGAGGAUCCGGGCUGCCCGCCGGACCAGGAGCGGGCGCCCAGGGUGUUGCUAAGUUGCUGAGGGCCUUGCUGUGUUGUUGAGGCUGGCCUUGAACUUGCGAUCCUCCGGCUUCAACGUCCUAUGUCACUGGGAUUACAGGGGUGCACCAGUGUCUGAUGUAGGAUCAUGUUUUCGAGGUUCACCCACAUGCUAACUAGUGUUGGCACUUCCUCCCGCUGUGGUUGACUCAUUGCGUGGACAGACCACAGUCUGUGCAGGAGAUUUCGGUUUCCACCGCUGGGCUCCGGUGCUGCGGUGGAUCUGCAUUUGCUCGGAUGGGGUGCAUCAAGUCCAAGUUCCUCCGGGACAGAGGCAAGGCCUCCAAGUCUGAGCCCAGCACCCACCCACACAGCCCUGUGUACGUGCCAGACCCCACGACCUCCGUCAAGCCGGGGCCUAACAACAACAAUGGCAACCCCCCCGGGCUUGCGGAGGCAGGCUCUGAGGACACCGUCGUGGUCGCCCUGUAUGAUUACGAGGCCAUUCACCGCGAAGACCUCAGCUUCCAGAAGGGGGACCAGAUGGUGGUCCUGGAGGAAUCUGGGGAGUGGUGGAGGGCUCGGUCUCUGGCCACCAGGAAAGAGGGCUACAUCCCAAGCAACUACGUGGCCCGUGUGAACUCCCUGGAGACGGAGGAGUGGUUCUUCAAGGGCAUCAGCCGGAAGGACGCGGAGCGCCACCUCCUGGCUCCGGGCAACGUGCUGGGCUCCUUCAUGAUCCGGGACAGCGAGACCACAAAAGGGAGCUACUCUUUAUCGGUGCGAGACUACGAGCCCCAGCAUGGAGACACAGUGAAGCACUAUAAGAUCCGGACCCUGGACAGCGGGGGCUUCUACAUCUCCCCGAGAAGCACCUUCAGCAGCCUACAGGAGCUGGUGGCCCACUACAAGAAGGGGAAGGAUGGUCUCUGCCAGAAACUGUCAGUGCCCUGCCUGUCCCCCAAGCCCCAGAAGCCGUGGGAGAAAGACGCCUGGGAGAUCCCUCGGGAGUCCCUGGAGCUGCAGAAGAAGCUUGGCGCUGGGCAAUUCGGGGAAGUCUGGAUGGCCACCUACAACAAGCACACCAAGGUGGCCGUGAAGACCAUGAAGCCCGGGAGCAUGUCGGUGGAGGCCUUUCUGGCAGAGGCCAACCUCAUGAAGACGCUGCAGCACGACAAGCUGGUGAAGCUGCACGCGGUGGUCACGCAGGAGCCCAUCUUCAUCGUCACGGAGUUCAUGGCCAAAGGAAGCCUGCUGGACUUUUUGAAGAGUGGAGAAGGCAGUAAGCAGCCUUUGCCAAAACUUAUCGACUUCUCAGCCCAGAUCGCAGAAGGCAUGGCUUUUAUCGAGCAGAGAAACUACAUUCACCGGGACCUCCGAGCUGCCAACAUCUUGGUCUCUGCCUCCCUGGUGUGUAAGAUUGCUGACUUCGGCCUGGCACGGAUCAUCGAGGACAAUGAGUACACAGCUCGAGAAGGAGCCAAGUUCCCCAUCAAGUGGACAGCUCCUGAAGCCAUCAACUUUGGCUCCUUCACCAUCAAGUCAGAUGUCUGGUCCUUUGGUAUCCUGCUGACGGAAAUUGUCACCUAUGGCCGGAUCCCUUACCCAGGAAUGUCAAACCCAGAGGUGAUCAGGGCACUGGAGCACGGGUACCGGAUGCCUCGACCAGAGCAAUGCCCUGAGGAGCUUUACAACAUCAUGACCCGCUGCUGGAAGAACCGCCCAGAAGAGCGGCCCACCUUUGAAUAUAUUCAGAGUGUGCUGGAUGACUUCUACACGGCCACCGAGAGCCAGUACCAACAGCAGCCUUGAUGGGCAGGACCAGGACGGGGCCAGGACGUGCCUGGGAGGUGUCUCCAGCACCGUCCACGGAAGCCCAUUCAUCUUUCCCAUUUCCAGACACCCACCCUCGCUCCAGCCACAGUUUCCUCAUCUGCCACGUGGGUGGGAUGCACUGGACAGUCUCUUUUUGACUCUACCAAUCCAUACUGUACCAUUCUCAGGAGUCUCCCAAGUUGAUAUUUCUGUUGCCUGGGAUGGUUGAAUUCCAAUCACAGCUGUGAUUUAGCAAUGUUUAAAAUUAUGAAAUAAGUAUUUAAAUAAAAGAUAUUGAAUAAAAGACAUGAAUGCCAAGAGCUGUAUCAGAAGUUCUGCCCUCCUGUCCUUCCAGUUCCUGAAUACCUAUUUGCUUUCUUGCUCCCUGACAAAUCAGAAAGGUGGAAGGACAUUCCUAGAGAGCAGGAGUGUGAAAAAAAUUGAGAUUCAACGCUCAAAGUUUUCCAUCUGCCCUAAAAUAGUCGCUGACUGUAUUAGUUUCUUCAUUGCUGCUAUAACAGGUGACCACAAGUGUGGUGACUUCGAAUAAUGCAAAUUUAUCAUCUGAUGGUUCCAGAAGUCAGAGUCUGAAAUGGGUGGUCAGGGCUGCCUUCCUUGUGGAGGAUUCAGGGGAAGAUUGUUUCUUUGCC